UUUUAUCAACAUUUCGCGGAGUGUGAAAAAAAAAGUAGUAAUAACUAUUCGUAUUUUGUGAACUUAAAUUUUCUAAAAAAAAUAAUAAGAAAUUCUUUUGUUUUUGUUUUAUUUUUUUAAGUGUUAUAUGUUAUUUAAGUGCUGUGACAUCUUUAAAAUUUAUUAAUUUUUAUUUGUAUUUUUUGUGUUUUAAAGUGUGAAGGUUUUUGUGUGAUUUAGUUAAAGUGGCCCAACACGCUGAAUACCCGAAUCCGGGUCGAGCUUUCAUGGCUCAACCAAGGUACGAUGAUGGAAUACACCCGGGAUACAUGGACUCAGGGUCAGGAGGUGGCGGUGCUGGAUCUGGUGGCGGUACAGGCAUGUACGAUCCACAUAGAGUCGCGGCAGCUGCGGCUGCAGCCGCACACCAUUCCCCACACAUGAAUCAUGCGGCAGCUGUAGCCGCUGCAGCAAUGCAUCCAGCAGCAUAUCAUGCUAGUGUUGCGGCGGCUAAUCAUGUGAGUCCUGCUGCAUUAACCGCUAAUCAUGUUAUGGGCCCUGGAGUACCGGAUGUUCACAAACGGGAUAAGGACGCUAUUUAUGGACAUCCGCUGUUUCCAUUACUUGCACUUAUAUUUGAAAAGUGUGAGUUAGCGACGUGUACACCUCGUGAACCGGGUGUAGCCGGUGGUGAUGUAUGUUCCUCAGAGUCAUUCAACGAGGAUAUAGCAGUCUUCUCAAAACAGAUACGUCAAGAAAAACCAUAUUAUAUAGCUGAUCCCGAAGUCGAUUCACUAAUGGUACAAGCGAUACAAGUUUUACGGUUUCAUCUCCUGGAAUUAGAAAAAGUACAUGAAUUAUGUGAUAAUUUCUGUCAUCGAUAUAUCAGUUGCUUAAAAGGUAAAAUGCCAAUUGAUUUAGUGAUCGAUGAACGGGAUACAUCAAAACCACCAGAAUUGGGUGGAUCAACAAAUGGUGAUGGUACUGGAACAAGAAGUAACGCUGAUUCAACGUCACAUACAGAUGGAGCAUCAACACCGGAUGUUCGACCUCCAUCAUCGUCAUUAUCGUAUGGUGGUCCCGGUGUAAAUGAUGAUGUACGAAGUCCGGGAUCUGGUGGUACACCAGGUCCUUUAUCACAAGCUCCCGCCUCACAACAAAGUCUCGAUAACUCGGAUCCUGAUGCAAUGGGUAAAUGGUGUCCGAGACGAGAAUGGUCUACUCCACCUGAUGCGCGAGCGGCAAGUGACGCAGCACGAAGGGGUGUCCUUUAUUCCUCCGUCUUCCUAGGCAGUCCUGGUCAUACUAAUGGGCUGGAUUAUAGAAAUCAUUCAAUUACAAGUGACGCAAGUAAUGCGAGUAUCGGUAGUGGUGAGGGUACGGGUGAAGAAGAUGAUGACACAAAUGGUAAAAAAAAUCAAAAGAAACGGGGGAUUUUCCCAAAAGUAGCAACAAAUAUACUCAGGGCGUGGCUAUUUCAGCAUCUAACGCAUCCGUACCCUUCAGAAGAUCAGAAAAAACAAUUAGCACAAGAUACAGGUCUUACAAUAUUACAAGUAAAUAAUUGGUUUAUUAAUGCGAGACGUCGAAUUGUACAACCAAUGAUAGACCAAUCGAAUAGAGCUGUAUUUUCUCCUCAUGCAGGUCCCAGUGGUGCAUAUAGUCCUGAUGGUUCAAUGGGUUACAUGAUGGAUGGACAAGCACAAAUGAUGCACAGGCCACCCGGUGAUCCCACAUUUCACAAUCAGUAUGCGCAUUACCCCGCCGAGUAUUAUGGACAUCAUCUGUAGUGGUAAAGAAGAAAUUCAUAUGGCCAAAAAAAUCAUAAUAAAAACAUAUAUUAAAAUAAUUAUAAUGGCCAAGUGGGCAUUCUAGUAUACUCAAUGUAAAAUAAAUUUCGA